AUUUUUUGAAAAAAUGUUUUGUGGAACUACCUAUUGUCUCGUUUUUUCGGAAUAAUUAACGGUUUUUCUUCAUUUUGUUACAAAACAUAUAAUCGUAAUGAUAAGAUAAAAGAUAAGCGCCGCUUUCUUCAAUAUUUGAAAAGUUAUAAUUUAUCAUAGUCCAUAGAUUUAAGGCCUUCUACUAAGUUAUAAUAGAAUACCUGAAUACUAUUAUUCUAUAAAUAUUAGUGUCUGUAAGAAUAAGUUCUAUCGUUUAUGUAAUUUAUAACAUUUAAUGAUUUUCUGGAAUGUUGUUGUUUCCAAAAUAUUUAUUUGGAACAUUUAAAGCUGUACGUUUAAUUUACUGUGCUUUCUUAUAAAUUCAUCAUGCAAUUUUCGGUAUUUGAUGAUCAGCCAGAAACUAUUCAGAAAUUUGAAGAAGAUAUGAAAUAUGUUAAUUCCAAACUGAAAAUUAUUGACACUAAACUAUCAUCUAUUCAUCCAACUAACAAUGCAUAUGUUAGUAAACUUGAAGAUACAUCUAGUAUAAGUUGUUUAAACCAUUUAAAAGAUGAAGAAGCUGAAAAGAAAAUUGAAGACGUUUCUAACUCUACGGCUAAAACUUCACAUAGCGACACAAGCCAAAACACAAAUUUACUAGGUGCAAUAUCCGAAGUUACUACAAUGUCGGACCCCUACGAUGCAUUUUCAAAACUGAAGGGAGAUCAAUUUGGUACGAAUAAUGUAGUCAGUAUCAAUAAAGAAAUGGUCAAGAACGACUUUGUGAAUGCGUCUACAUUGAUUAAUAAAGCAAAAAAAAAGGCCAGAGAAACUGAUUUGUAUUUAAAAAAUCUACAUGAAAAAGUAUUGCCAAGGUGUCAGUCUGCAGAUAUCACUAGUGACAUAGUUAAAAGAGAUAUAUAUGCAGAUAUUCCAUCAAAAACCGUACGGCGACUUCAACCUGAUCUUAAAGAAAAUUUAAGUAAAAAUAUCCAUGCCAAUAAUGAAAAUUCAAAUAUAAUUUCGAAACCUAUAUCUUCAACUCAAGAAAAACGUGUUCAUUUUAACAACCGUUCGGGAUAUUUAGGUAGAACGAGCAAUCCUCAUCAAUUGAACGACUCUUCUAAAUCAAUUGAACGGUUAUCAAAAAAUGACCGGCAAAAUGUUAGUAUAACGAAUGUGAAUUUUGAGGCUAAUAUUUCAGAUGGAAAAUAUAAUAAUGAUUGUAAAGUAAACAAAUUAACGGUGCGGCGAAUUCCUAGAAUUGAUUUAAAAGCUGAUCUAGUCACUCAAAAAUUAACUAACAUUCAAAUACAACCAGAUAAUAAAAAGCUCUUACGUAAUUAUAAACCUAAUGUAGCUUACCAAGAGUUCGCUUUUGGAUUAGAACCGGAAACAUGCAAAUGCCAUUCAGUAGUUCAGCCAAAAAUAUCCAAUGAUAAAAUAGUUGCUCGUCAUGAAAUACGUAAAAUUAUAUGUGGAAUGUUAGAUAACACGUCGUCAAACUAUUGUCUAAGCGAUCGAUUAAUUAGUCAAUUACAAAAAAUAAUAAACAAGUUGGAAAAUACAAAAUCCUUGGAUUAUAACGAUUCAAGUGAAAUAGAAGAUCUUAUUGAAGAACACAGUAUGGUUGGUUUUAGCGAAGAAGUAAUAAAAAAAAGACUAUUGGAAAUAGCCGACAAUAUAGUAGAGAACGACAUUGAUGGAAUUUCAUUUGAUCAAAUGUCUGUAGAAAUAGAAAACAAUUCUCGUCAAGUAUUAAAUCGACUAACUAAGAUUAAAAACUCUAUCGUGGCAUUAAAUCCAUUAGUAGAAUUUCCAAAUUUACCUACGGACAAUAAACUUGAUGAUGCAGCAAAAUAUGUUGAUGAAAAUCUUACAAAUCAUCAUCCUAGCAAUAUUUUAUCCUCAAAAAAUCAACAUAAAAUACCAUCAACUGGAUGUGUCAGUGUAAAAGACUUUUUACGUCAUGGUUGUAACUUCACAAAUUCGGAAAUAUUUGAAAAUGCAUCAGUUAUAAAGGAAUGUGGUUCUCAAAUUACAUUAUGCUCCAACGACAACAUAAAUCAAAAUAAAAAUAUAUUUAAGACUCAAAAUGCUUUGAACAAUCAGAACAGUAUAUCUCAACUGAAAGUAAAAAUGUGUACCAAUAGGAAUCAACUAAAAUUUAAAGAUCAGAGUACAUUAUUUGAAGAUUCUGUAUCAUGUCAACCUCAAUCAAGCCAUUCAAGUAUAAUAUUAAAACAUCAACUGAAGUCAUCUGAUGAUGAAAAUCUUAAUGAUAAAAAUUAUGGUUAUAUGACUACGACAAAUGGAUAUGAUUGGGAAGCUGAGAAUAGUUUGAAGAUAAAUACAGUUUGUGAAACCAAUAAUGACACUAUAUUAACGAUUUAUUCAGAAAGCGAUCAAUUAACUAAAUUUGAGAAGGAUAAAAACACUAAUAUGUCGAAGAUAAAUACAAAUAUUGAACAUUUACCUAUCAACGAUACACGUAAGGAUUAUGGUAAUCUUCAAUCAAACAUACAAGAGUGGCAAUUAAGUUCUUUAUCAUCAUUGACAUCCAAUAAUUAUCAACAAACCGAUAAAGUACAAAUUCUAGACAAAAAAUCACAAAGUUCUGCUUCAACUUCUUCUUCAAUGAUUUCAUUGAAACAGUCUACUCAAGAAGUUGGAAGUGAAGCUGAAAGUUUAACUAGUCUUGGAGAAGUUAACUAUUUUUCUUAAUGAUUCACAAUGUACUCGUCUACUAGAAAAGUUAGAACAUGCUAGAACAUGAAUAAAUAAUUUUAUUUUAUUUAAAUGUUCAAAGAAAUAUUAUGUUUUACUUAUAAAAAAAUAUUUAAAAUAAAAGUCACUUUCUUGUUUCUAAUAAUUUGUGAAGUUAUAUAAUAAGACAUAAUAAGUUUAAAAAUAUAUCUAUAAAAAU